UUCUGUAUCUGUAGAUAACGAACAUACACCAUGGCCGAACCAGAAGGAUUCACCAAAGUGAGCGAAGAAACACACAAGCCCGACGCCAAGUUAGGUGCCAACCCAUAUGGACCCAAUCCGUCCGAUUUCUUGUCCAACGUGUCUAGUUUCCAAUUGAUCGAGUCCACCUUGAGAGAAGGUGAACAGUUUGCUAAUGCGUUUUUUUCCACCGAAAAGAAGAUCGAAAUCGCCAAGGCUUUGGACGAUUUUGGUGUCGACUACAUCGAGUUAACCUCCCCCGUUGCGUCGGAGCAGAGCAGAAGCGACUGUGAAGCUAUCUGCAAAUUGGGCUUGAAGGCCAAGAUCUUGACCCAUAUCAGAUGUCAUAUGGAUGAUGCCAAAGUGGCGGUUGAAACUGGUGUAGACGGGGUGGAUGUGGUGAUCGGAACCUCUCUGUUCUUGAGGCAAUAUUCCCAUGGUAAGGAUAUGAACUACAUCGCCCAGAGUGCGGUGGAGGUGAUUGAAUUUGUCAAGUCCAAAGGCAUUGAAAUCAGAUUCUCCUCCGAAGACUCGUUCAGAAGUGACUUGGUUGACUUAUUGAACAUCUACAGAACCGUCGACAAGAUCGGAGUCAACAGAGUAGGUAUUGCUGAUACGGUGGGAUGUGCCAACCCCAGACAGGUUUAUGAGUUGGUGAGAACUUUGAAGUCUGUGGUCAACUGUGACAUCGAGUGUCAUUUCCACAAUGACACCGGGUGUGCCAUUGCCAACGCAUACACGGCCUUGGAAGGAGGAGCCAAGUUGAUCGAUGUUUCAGUCUUGGGAAUUGGUGAAAGAAAUGGAAUCACUCCGUUGGGUGGGUUAAUGGCUAGAAUGAUUGCUGCCGACAGAGACUACGUGUUGUCCAAAUAUAAAUUGCAUAAGUUGAGAGACUUGGAGAACUUGGUGGCCGAAGCUGUGCAAGUCAAUAUUCCCUUCAACAACCCAAUCACCGGUUUCUGUGCUUUCACCCACAAAGCCGGUAUUCAUGCCAAGGCCAUCUUAGCCAACCCUUCGACCUACGAGAUCUUGAAUCCUUCCGACUUCGGCUUGACGAGAUACAUCCACUUUGCUAACAGAUUGACCGGUUGGAAUGCCAUCAAGGCCAGAGUCGAUCAGUUGAACUUGCACUUGUCUGACGAACAGUGUAAAGAGGUUACCAACAAGAUCAAGAAGUUGGGAGAUGUGAGACAAUUGAACAUCGAUGAUGUGGACUCCAUUAUCAAGGACUUUCACGCCGAUAUAUCCACUCCGCUCAUCAAGCCUUCAGCCGAUGGUCAAGAACCAGAUGAACUUCCAAUCAAGAAAGCCAAACUCCAAUAGUCGAAGAAGGAGAGUAGACUACCAAAAGGGGAUAGUAGAUUUGUAUUUAUUGUAUAUGCUGAAUAGUUUAACACUUAGUCUGUAAGGUAUCGUGCAGCGACACCCAGCUAGUUGAUAAUUACACAAUUAUAGGGUAAAGGUCUCUACUCCCUAUGCAGCAGAUCCAGGAUAAUGCUGGCAUCAUCAUCAUCAUCAUCGUCAGUAUCGACGUCAAUUGUAACGUGUUUCCGUCUUUGAAAGUCCUUGAUAUGUGCUUUGUUCAAAGCAUCACUGAACACCGCAAACGUUGAUUUACGACGGGUGAGCUGAGGCAACUCAACAUGGACAUCGGAAGUUUCAAUAUUGGCCUCAGAGUCAAACGAAACAUUUGCUGAUGUUCUAACCGACGACGAAACUCCAAUUACAUCUUCGAUAUCGUAAGUAUUUCCUUCGGAGUAUCUCAACGACACCAACUUUUUAAUAGCCCUUUCUACCUUUGCGGAAAUAGCAUAAGGCAACGGCGAAUCCCUCGAAGCCCGGAAUAAGAUCACGUUGGUGACAUGUUCGUUCUCCAUUCUGAAGAACACCCAUAUGAUUCUUCUCACCAACUCGGCCACUGCUAUCAAGAAACUGGUUGCAGCCAGCUGUUGGAUUUGAUUACUAAAAAAUGCAUAGAAUAUCCACUGAAAUCGCAACAAAACAUCAGCAACCAUGGCAAAGUAAUAGUAGACUGGCUUCUCAUAGAACAAGUUGUCACGAAGAAGCCAGUUCUUGGAUUCAAACUGCAAUAGCGACCAGUCCAUCACAAUGUCCCAAGUUGCCGUGUAGAUGGAGUUGAUCGAGGCCAUUACAAUAAAUACGAUUCGAUUGGUAUUGCUCUUGUUCAACCGGUAGACGCUCAACAACGCAUAGUACACGGCUCCCACCGCAUACUUGAGCAUGUUUGCUAAAUGGGGAAACCAGUCCCCUGUAUCGGUAUAACGUCUUACACAUUGGAGAAACCUGAAAAUACUGGGCAAGGCAGCAAAGAACCCCAUUGAUCUUGACUUAGAUGACCCACAAACGUCAUGAAUGGCUCCCGAGUCAUUGAGCAUACCGUUCCAGUGAUGGGAGUAAAGGCAGAAGAAAAAUGAAAUAUUUCCCAUCGUGUA